AUGGCCUCUGCUGGUCUGCAAAUACUGGGGAUUGUCCUGACACUGCUUGGCUGGGUGAACGCUCUGGUGUCCUGUGCCCUGCCCCUGUGGAAGGUGACCGCCUUCAUCGGCAACAGCAUCGUGGUGGCCCAGGUGGUGUGGGAGGGACUGUGGAUGUCCUGCGUGGUGCAGAGCACGGGCCAGAUGCAGUGCAAGGUGUAUGACUCAAUGCUGGCGCUACCCCAGGACCUGCAGGUUGCCCGAGCCCUCUGUGUCAUCACCCUCCUCGUUGCCCUGGUGGGCCUGCUGAUCUACCUUGGUGGGGCCAAGUGCACCACCUGUGUGGAGGACAAGGACUCCAAGGCCCAUCUGGUGCUCACCUCUGGGGUCAUCUUUGUCAUCUCAGGGGUCCUGACCCUCAUCCCCAUCUGCUGGACGGCCCAUGCCAUCAUUCAGGACUUCUACAACCCCCUGGUGGCAGAGGCCCAAAAGCGGGAGCUGGGGGCCUCCCUCUACCUGGGCUGGGCAGCAUCUGGCCUUUUGUUGCUGGGUGGGGGGCUGCUGUGCUACACCUGCCCUUCCGGGGGGUCUCGGGGCUCCAGCCACUACCUGGCCCGAUACUCAGCAUCUGCCCCACGCGCCAACUCUCAGGGACCCUCUGAAUACCCCACCAAGAAUUAUGUCUGA